GCAUACCAUAUCCAUAAAUACAGAUUCCUUCUAUUUCAAAACAGGAUAGCGUAAGACAAGAAUAUUGCAUUUCUUGUUAAAAAAAAAUUGUCAUUGUAUAUGUUUUGAAUAAAGUUGGUUAAAAAAAGGACAUCUUUUAACGUAAGCGCUACAGACGGAGGACCCGGAUGUUGCAGGUUGCGUACUAGAAAACAUGACAUCAUCCCUGAGUUGAGGCUUCUCAGGCUGCGCAGUAGGCAUGUAUGCUGGAAAACAUAAACUGAUAUAUCCUGAUAUAGCUUGUACUUUACAGGACCUACAUCUAGUUUUAAAGGUCCUGUGUUAAGCAUUUAUUGUCAUCUAAAUUUUUCUGCAAAAAGACCCUCCUAAAUCUAACACACUGGAUCGUUAAGAUGUUUAUUUCAGAUUGAGUCGUUUCUAAAUGAUCCAUAUUCUAUUAGUAUAGGGUCCUAUUGUACUUACAUUAUUGUAAUGAGAAGGGGAAGAGUGGGGGUUGUUGAUGGGGUCAACACAUUUAAUUUUCCCCAGGUUCUUCUUCGAAGAAUAUGUGGUCAUUACGGAAUUUGCUCAGGAAAUAGAGACUCAUGUAGCCUAAAUACGACCUAAAACAUCCACUGAAUUGCCUUUAUAAUUUUGAUUUAUUGAUAUAUAAUAAUCCCAAGUCAGAUGGGACUUGCUUCACAUACUUAAUGUUAAUUUAUCUUAAUGCUGGCUGGCUGGUGAUUCUUUUAAAACUGACAUCCGCCGAGCUUUAGUUUUGAAAAUAUCCAAGCGGAAGUGACGUAUUAUCCUUUAGCUGCAGUAUUGUUUUGGCUGAAGCUUAAUUAUGCAGUAGCAGCUACUGAACUUAAACAAUAACUGUAUUCAUUUAUUUCAACCAAUGGACUGUUGCAUGGUAACUGCACUGUGGAGUUUUGCAUCAGUUUAUGCACUUCUUCACUUCCUGUGCUUUAUUUUCGCGGAUGCAGACUUCACUCUGCUGUGGUCGAGUCUGUUCGGACACAGACCAGAGAAUAAGCUGAAGGGUCUGGUGGUGUGGAUCACAGGAGCCUCCAGUGGUAUUGGAGAGGAGCUGGCCUAUCAGCUGGCAAAGUGCGGCUCGUGUCUCAUCCUGUCUGCACGGCGUGAGGAUGAGCUGAAUAGAGUGAAACGUGGCUGUUUAGAGCGCUCCAACCUCCAGGAUGUAGAUGUACUUGUUCUUCCACUUGAUUUGUUGGAGAGAAGUUCGCAUGAGGAAAAAACCAAAGCUGCUAUUCAGUUCUUUGGACAUAUUGAUGUCCUAAUUAACAAUGGGGGCCGAAGCCAGCGCUCUCUGUGCUUGGAGACCAGUUUUGAUGUGUAUCAGGCUCUGAUGGAGCUCAACUUCCUGGGUACGGUCUCCAUCACCAAGCAGGUGCUGCCUCACAUGACGCAGCGAGGCAGCGGGAGCAUUGUGACCGUCAGCAGCGUGGUCGGCAUUGCCGGGGCGCCCCUGGCAACAGGAUACUCUGCCAGCAAACAUGCUCUUCAGGGUUUCUUUAAUUCCCUUCGGAGUGAGCUGUCUGACUUUCCGAACAUACUUAUCAGCACCGUGCUGCCCGGGCCUGUGCAAUCACAGAUUGUCCAAAAUGCCUUCACAGAGGAAGUGACAAAGCCUGUGACUGCGGCUGGUAACCAGGAGCACAAGAUGCCAACCAGUCGCUGUGUGCGUCUAAUGCUGGUGGGAAUUGCAAAUAAUGUGAAGGAAAUGUGGAUUGCCAAUCAGCCCUUCCUCCUGUUUUACUACACCUGGCAGUAUGCUCCCACAUUUGCGUGGUUCAUCACAAACAUCUUGGGCAGAAAAAGAGUGCAGCAUUUCAAAGCUGGUCUGGAUGCAGACUCUGCAUACUUCACCAAGCCCAAGACCUCCUGAGAGUCACAUUGUCAAGAGGAAACAUGUUUAUUGCAUUCCUGAUGUUCGACCUUCAAUUGUAAUGGGUUUCUACAGAAUAUAGGUGUCUUUGCUUUCAUCUUAAAGGAAAAUAUUUAACGGCACAACUGGUUUUAAGCAGAACCAAGGCAGGGUGUAGUAAAAAUAAUCACCACAUUACUUUUUUUCAUUAUGCUUACCUCUCUGAUGUAAAGUAAACCCUAUACUUUGCCCUUACUUUACUAUACUUGAUUUUAAGGUAACACGCAUCUCAUAUAAUGUGAAACUUGUGCCGAAAGCCUACAUGAAUGUAAAACAUAAGAAUGUAAUUGGAAACUAGCACAAACCUUUUGGAUGACUAAUAAAAAAAAAUGUUUGGAUUA